AUGUUUGGCCUUCACUCGCAGCAGCACCGCGGCGACACCGGACCGCUCGCCGCCGCCCUGGCACCAUCUCGCACAGCCAACAUUCAUUCGAUCGACGCCCCGCCGACGUCGAGCCAUGGCGCCGCCGUCCCCGCCCUCGGCUUCGGCGCCUUCCUCCGCCAUGCCACCCAUGUAAAGGCCGCCUCGGGAACCGUCCUCCGCGCCACUCCUCGCGCACUCGAUCCUGCCUCGACCGCUCGCCUGCCCGACCGCCAUGCCUCGAGCUCGGCCAUCGAGCUCGUCCGCGCCGUACGACACCUCCUCGCCCUCUCCUCGACCCCCGCAGACCGCGCAGCCCUCCCCUCGCUCGAGUCCCUCUACGCCAUCACAGAGCUCCAGCUCACAGCAAACGCGGCUGGCAUCGACGACCUCUACGACCGCAUCAAGAUCGAAAUGGAGCGCGCCGCCGGCGAGCUCGCGCGCUACCUCGCCGCAUCGGGCACCACCGACGAGACGCCCGACAGCGCACUCUCCUGGCUCGCGACCCUCUCCGACGCCUGGACCGGCUGGCUCGACCGCGUGUCUCUGGUUCAGAGCGUCCUCCUCCCCCUCGACCGCGAGCUGGCCGCCUCGGCCUCGACCUCGUCGUCGUCGCGUGGCCAUGCCUCCUCGCAGAGCCAGACAUCCCGCAUCUGGGACCUCGCCAUCGACACAUUCGCCCUCCAGGUGCUCGAAAACGACAGUCUCUCCCGCCGCGCGCUGGCGUGCAUCGCCCUCGGCCUCGACGCCGAUCGCGCGGGCACCGCCCCGUAUCACAAGCUCCACGCCGCCCUCGUCCAGAUGUACACCCGCCUCGGCGCCUACCCACAGCUCGAGAAGGCCGUCUGCCAGGCCACCGAGCGCUUCUACCGCGACGAGUCGGCCGCCCGCAUGGCCCAACAGGCCGCCUCCGUCGGCGGCUACCUCGCCUACGCCGACACGCGCGUGCGCGAGGAGACCGAGCGCGGCGCCUGGCUCCUCUCCGACGACGCCGGCCGCAAGCGCAACCUCGACGUGGCCCUCUCGGCGCUGGUCGCCGCGCACCUCGAGCGGCUCAUCGCCGGGCUGCCGGAGCUGAUCGAGGCCCGCCGCCUCGAUGACCUCGGCCGCCUGUUUGCGCUGCUCAGGAGCGUCGACGCGCUGCCCAGCCUCCGCACCGCCUUUGCCGACCACAUCAAGGCGGCCGGAGGCCUCAUUGUCAACGACCGCGAGCGCGACGACGAGAUGAUUGAGCGCCUGCUCGAGUUCAAGGCGGCCAUCGACCGCAUCGUCGCCGACGGCUUCGGGCGCGAGCCGUCCUUUGUCCACGCCCAGCGCGACAGCUUCGAGGUGUUUGUCAACCGGCGCGAGAACAAGCCGGCCGAGCUCAUCGCCAAGUUCCUCGACGUCAAGCUGCGCAGCGGCAACAAGACCAUGACUGACGACGAGCUCGAGCGCUGCCUCGACGAGGCGCUCGUCCUCUUCCGCUACACGCACGACAAAGACAUGUUUGAGGAGUUCUACAAGCGCCACUUUGCCAAGCGCCUGCUCCUCAACCGCUCGGCCUCGUCGGACGCCGAAAAGAGCAUGCUCCUCAAGCUCAAGGAGGAGUGCGGGCCCGGCUUCACGGCCAAGCUCGAGACCAUGAUCAAGGACGUCGAGCUGUCGCGGGAUCUGAUGCAAGAGUACGCCCAGGCGCGCGCCAAGGCCGCAAAGGAGAGCGGCGGCGCCGAGUCGGACGCCUUCGACCUGAGCGUCAGCGUGCUGACCCAGGCCCACUGGCCAACGUACCCGCAGGUCGACGUCAUCCUGCCCGCCGAUAUGGCGGCUACCACCGACCACUUUGUCCGCUUCUACCAGAACCGCAACAGCGGCCGGCGGCUGCACUGGCAGCACUCGCUGGGCACGCUGUCGCUCGUCGCCACGUUCCCCAAGGCGGGCACCAAGGAGCUCAAUGUGAGCACCUUCCAGGCGAUUGUGCUGCUGCUCUUCAACGGCGGCGCGGCGGGCGAAGCGGGCGGCGGCGGCAGCAGCAGCAGCAGCAGCAAGCUCUCCUACCGCGACAUCCGCGCCCAGACGGGUCUGGAGGACAAGGAGCUCAAGCGGACGCUGCAGAGCCUGGCGUGCGGUCAGAUUCCGACGCGGGUGCUGCGCAAGGUGCCGCAGGGCAAGGAUGUCGAUGACGACGACGAGUUUGAGUUCAACGAGCGCUUUAAAAACGAGCGCCACCGCAUCCGCAUCAACCAGAUUCAGCUCAAGGAGACGGCCGAGGAGCAAAAGUCGACCGAGCAGCGCGUGUUUCUCGACCGCGAGCUCAUCCUCCAGGCGGCCGCGGUGCGCGUCCUCAAGGCGCGCAAGACGAUCAAGCACUCGGAGCUCAUCACCGAGGUCGUCGACCAGAUCAAGAGCCGAUUCGCCAUCGACGUGUCCGAGAUCAAAAAGACGUUUGAGAUACUGAUUGACAAGGAGUACAUGGAGCGAGUCGAGGGCGAGCGUGGCAUGUACCGCUACCUUGCCUGA